GUAUUCAAAAGAUACAGAUGGCAGUGUCCAACUCCGCUCAAUCUUCCAUCUCCAUUCUCCACGUACCUCAUUGGCUUAAACUAUUUCCCAAUUUUCUCCCUCACACAAAUCCUAUAUGUAAUCACCUUUUCCCUAGUAAACAGUGACCACAGUAGACCAGGUCAGGGCAUUCAUUGUUUAUUUACCCACUCCUCUCUCCCUUUGAAGUUAAACCCACGUUUUGGGUUUCCUAGAUUUAAUUCUCAUCUGCAACUUCAAGCUAUAAGUAAGUUGGUUUUGUUGGGUAGGAAAAGGUUGUCUUUCUUGCAAAUAUAUGUGUGAGACGACGAGAGGACAAUCGGGUCACGACCUACUUAUGCCGUUCCGUGUUAUGUUCCCAAAGGAUAAGAAAUGUACUGAUCGCUUUACUGCAUCCUUAAAGGCUAUUUCCCUCUUCCUUUUCCUCUCUUCCAUAUCCUUUGUUCUUUACUCUUCCUUUCUUAGACAUCAUGACUUAUGGUUCCGGUGCCCCGAAUGCCCCGACCCGACUAUCAGGCCUCGCGGUGAUAACCCGACCCAUCAAUACAAUUCCAACUCCACUACAAACAUCUCCCAUAUUGUGUUCGGAAUAGGCGGGUCAGCCCGAACCUGGAAGGAUCGGAAACACUAUUCUCAGCUCUGGUGGAAACCCAACAUCACUCGGGGGUUCGUUUGGCUCGACGAAGAACCCGAACCGAAUACAACAUGGUCAGAUGCUUCCCCGCCUUACCGAAUUUCAUCGGACUGGAAGAAAUUCAAGUUCACGAGCUCACAGUCAGCAGUCCGAAUAUCCAGGGUGGUUGUGGACUCAUUCCGGGUCGGGUUACCAAACGCCAGGUGGUUCGUGAUGGGAGAUGAUGAUACUGUUUUCUUCACAGAGAAUUUAGUCACAGUGCUGGGAAAGUACGACUACAGGCAGAUGUACUACAUCGGUGGGAGCUCGGAGAGUGUGGAGCAGAAUGUGAUGCAUGCAUAUGACAUGGCGUUUGGUGGCGGUGGGUUUGCCAUUAGCUACCCGCUAGCGGCGGAGCUGGUGAGGAUAAUGGAUGAAUGCCUCAACCGGUAUUUCAAUUUUUACGGGUCGGAUCAGCGGGUCUGGGCAUGUGUGGGUGAGCUAGGUGUCUCCCUUACAAGAGAAAGUGGCUUCCACCAGAUUGACAUUAGAGAAGAUCCUUUUGGUCUAUUGGCUGCUCAUCCAAUGGCACCGCUAGUAUCUCUCCACCACCUUGAUGACGUACAGCCGUUAUUUCCAAACCAGAGCCAGCUAGAAUCCUUAAGAACACUAACCACAGCAUACAAGGUUGAUCCUGCCAGAACAAUGCAGCAGUGCUUCUGUUAUUACCACAACUAUAAAUGGUCCAUAUCUGUCUCCUGGGCCUAUGCAGUGCAGAUAUAUCCUUGGCUUUUGUCAGCCAAAGAUUUGGAAACACCCUUGCAGACAUUCCGAACAUGGCGGAGUUGGAGCAAUGGACCUUUUACGUUCAAUACCAGGCCUAUGAGUUCUGAACCUUGUGAACAGCCAGUGAUAUUUUAUCUAGACUCAAUUAAAGAGGACAAAAAGGGCAAGACUGUAACUACUUACAAGAAGUCUCCAGUAAAACAAGAGAAGUGUAAUCAGUUAAACUACGCCCGUGCAUUUGCCAUUGACAAGAUUGUAGUCUCCUCACUGAAAAUGGAUCCUCACAUGUGGGAAAAGGUACCUCGAAGACAAUGCUGUGAGGCAAGUAAAGGUUUUUGGAGUAACACAAUGACGGUAAAGAUAAGAAACUGAGAUGUUGCAGAUAAGGUGUGGAAAUUCUUCACAGGUGCAGCAAGUAUUCAAGGUCCUUUUUGUUCAAGUUAAACAGAGAGUGAGAAAAUGACGGGAAGCUGCGGAUAAUGCAAAGCAGAAGGCAAUAUAGAAGGCCAUUCCUGCAGUUAUUUUGUGGCAUAUAUGAAAAUGGACAAAUACAAGACUGUUAUAAUCUAUUUGGCAAUUUGUUGUUUGGAUGUAUUAUUAGAAGUGUAACUUGUACCAUUUGUUCACAAAGUGAUAAAUACAAUUUGCACUUGCUAGUUGUAUCUUAGUUGUAGCAAAUUGUAAAACAAUUUGCACAAGUUGCAAAAUAAUUUGCACAAGUUGAAUAUUGUAGAUUGAGGGGCAACAUUCUUCUAUAAAUAGGGACCUUUGCCUUCUCAUUUGUAAUGUCAUCAACAAGUGAAAUACAAUCUCUCCCUCCUCUCUACAAA